GUUAAUUUUGGUAUACAAAGGAUCGGGAUCUGCAGAAAAUCGAGUCGCUAAGGGAGCGCCCGUUUUGCCAAAGGCGCAGUCACCAACGGCCGCAGAUCCCCGCCCGUCAGCACUAGAGCAGGCUGCCAAUGUGAAGGCCCCCGGAUUUAAAAGCCGAGUGAAUCCCAGUCGUUCUCCCGAUGUUUCGUUUCAACCGCUCCCGUCUUCACCCCGCGCUCAACGGAUCAAAACAAACCUCCAAGCAAAAAUGGCGCAGACAAACUCCCUGGCGCUCAAGCUCGCUCUCAUCACCUUGAUGGUCGACUCCAUCCUCGAACUCUCCUUCGUCGCCGCUACCGUCGGUUGGCUGCACAACACCGCGAGCGGCACCUUCGCCGUCCGCUUCGGCGGCUCCACCUUCGAACUCCGCGGCGAGCCCGCCAACUUGCUGACCGACCAGGGCCACACCAGCAACGGCGCCGCCGGCACCGCAUUCGUGCUCGUCGGGCUGGGCGGUAUCAUCGCGCUUUGGCUACGCGGGGGCCGGUACCGUGCGAGCCGGUUAGGGGUCUUCAUGUAUUAUUUCUGGGUGACCAUUAAUAUACUCGCCGUGCUCCUCACAUUGGCGGCGCUGGCGUACGUGUUUGCAGUGACCCGAGCACAUGACGGGCAAGACAUCGACGUUUCCUUGGCUUCGACGCUCCAUGGGAGGAAAUACCCCCUGGGUACGUGGACGCCGCAAAACUGGUUUGCUGCCGUGCUGAGGCUCGAUGUGGCGAAUGGCGGCGUGCUCCGUGACAUCAGGAGCCAUUACAGGAUCAUGCUGGGGUGGCAGUACAAUCUUAUCCCCAUGUUUGUCAUCCAGCUUGCCACAACUGUGCUUGCUGUCGUGGAUUGCCUAAGAUGGCGGGAAGAGACGAGGUAUGGCUGCGUGGUGCAGGCGGUCGAGGUUAAAGCUUGAGCCAGUUUGUGCUUUCUUUGAGGGUUCGGUUGCUUAAUUUUCAAUGCUUGAUUUGGAGUAUCGGCAGUCUUCAAAGGUAUUACAUUGGACUAGGACAGUUCAGUAAUUAACAGAGUCAUGAUAUUGUACAGCUAUUUGAGCAAUGUUUACCUUGGUGCAUGGAGAUGACGAUGGUUGACUACAGCAAGACCCCUGCAUGUGAAGCGCAUAAGAUGCUGUGUUCAAGAACCUAGAAUCAUUAAACCGCAC